AGACCAAUGUUAAAUUUUAAAAUAAGUUGUGUAGUGAAAUAAGAAUUUGGUUUUCAACGGAUUUGUCUACUAUGGAUUGCCUAAAACAUCGAUCAACAUAUUCAUUCCUUUCAUGAGACGCUGACCCAUGUAUUGAGAUCUACACUUCUUUCAAAAACCAAGUAGGAUGCCCACGUCGGUGAGGGAGGACGAAGUGGGUGACGUGGAGGCUGACCUGGACCUGGACACUCUCCCAGAGGAUGCCCAGGAGUACGCGAGGACGGUCCUUGGGGAGACUCCAGAGACUAGGGUCAGGACGGUGCAGGAGCUUUCAGACAUGAUCUAUGAACGUGGAGAUGUGAUGCCGAUUCGUAUGGAUGACGACUAUCUCAUAUUGUUCCUUCGAGCAAGAAACUUCAAAGUUGACGCUGCUUACAGACUGCUUGUAAACUACUACACAUUCCGAGAGAACAACCCGGAAUACUACAACGUCAACCCCUUGGACCUGUCGUUCAUUGGAGAGGCGGACGCCGUCAGUGUCAUGCCUUACAGGGAACAGACCGGCAGGAGGAUCCUCAUAUACAAGCUGGGUAAAUGGAACCCCAGCGAGUACGCGGCGGAUGAGCUGUUCAAGGCUACCCUGGCCAUCCUGGAGCUGGGAAUCCUGGAGCCCCGCGCUCAGGUCUUAGGAGGCAGAGUCAUAUGGGAUCUGGAGGGCCUCACCAUGGCCCACUACUGGCAGAUCACUCCAGCCAUCGUGCAGAAGGUCCUGGAGAUCAUGGUGACCAGUUUCCCGAUGAAGGUCCACACAAUCCACAUCGUCAAUGAAUCCUGGGUGUUUGACAUGAUCUUCAACAUGUUCAAACCGUUUUUGGGAAAGAGAUAUAGAGAUAUUAUGUUUUUCCACGGCUCGGACCGAGAGUCGCUCCACCAGCAUAUCCAGCCCAAGUACCUACCCAAGGUGUACGGCGGAAUUAGGCCAGACUACAGCUACAGGGACUGGUUCGAGUCUCUUAGGCAUAAUCCGCGGAUCAUCAAACAAAUGGAGCUCCUUGGAUACAAAAGAGACGAUCUCGAAGAACAGACUGUAGAAAAAGAAGUAACAGCGUGAACACAACGUACUAGUAUCAAUUGUAAAAAGUAAUAGGUUACAUAUAACCGUUAUCUCGUUCUGACAAAGUAUCAAAAGUGACUGUCUAAUGGUGCAUAGCGGAAACGUUAAAGUGAGAGUAUUUUAGGCAAAUGUAGGAUAGGAAAAUAUUAUUAUUUUGUAUGUAAUAAAAUUAUACGUUUUU